AUGGAGUAUCUGAAGCUUGCAGUUGCGCACCCUUCUGAGCUCCGUUCCCUGAUCACUUACAAUGUCUGGCGCGAUCCGGUCCACGAUUUCAAAAGGAAUCCCAAAGACAGCGGUUGGGACCGUGAGCGAAUGCGGGAAUGCUGGUCGUUCCUAGAUGCCACGAGCCGUAGUUUCGCUGCUGUUAUUAAGGAGCUGAAGGGAGAGUUGAGCCGCGUCAUUUGCAUUUUCUAUUUGGUGUUACGUGGACUUGAUACUGUCGAAGAUGAUAUGACCCUUAAGCCCGAUGUCAAGAUUCCUCUACUGCUGGACUUCCACAAGAAGCUAAGUGAACCGGGAUGGAACUUCACCGGCAGUGGUCCCAAUGAAAAGGACCGUCAGCUACUCGUUGAGUUUGACAAGGUAAUUGCAGAGUACCAGAUGCUUAAUGAGGGCUGUCGUUUCGUGAUUGCUGAUAUAUGUGCUCGAAUGGGCGCAGGUAUGGCUUCUUACAUCGAGCUAGGCGACUCCCCCAACGGUCUGACUAUGGAGGGCUGGAGGGAUUAUGACUUGUACUGUCAUUUUGUGGCCGGUCUUGUUGGUGAAGGGUUGUCUGGCUUGUUUGUCCAAACAAAGAUUGAAAAACCACUCAUUGGCCUGCAACUCUCGCUGUCGAACCAUAUGGGACUCUUCCUGCAAAAAACCAACAUUAUCCGUGAUUAUGCCGAAGAUUGUCGCGAGGGCCGCUCAUUCUGGCCAAAAGAGUGCUGGGGUUCAGGUGGCGUGUUUGCGAGGCAAACUGAAGUUCAGCGCGGCGUCGUCGAAACCUAUCCCGGUUCCAAUUCUUACAAGUUUACGGACACUGUUGAGGGCAGGAAGGCAAGGGAAGUGCUCUCCACGAUGCUAUUGGACGCAGUAUCACAUGUAACCAGCUCAUUAGAAUAUUUGAUUUUACUGCGUGAUCAGAGUGUGUUCAACUUCUGUGCUACUCCUCAAGUUAUGGCGAUUGCGACUCUGGAAGUCUUGGUCGAUAAUGCGAAUGUGUACAAAAAGAAUGUCAAGAUUCGAAAAUCACUUGCUGUACGUCUGAUUUUGCGAUCGACAAAUCCUAGGGAUGUGGCUGGUAUUUUUCUGGACGUGGGUCGCUCAAUUCACAAGAAAUUACGGGCAGAUGAUCCAAAUUACAUUCGUUGCACGGUAUAG